AUGAAGAUUACCUUCGCAACCCUUUUUGUUCUGGCGACCGCCGUCGUCGCCACGCCCAUCGACGUCAAGCGCGAGGCUGCCCCCGAGGCUGCCCCCGAGGCCGACGCCCAGCGCGGCAACUGGGGCAGCGGACCCCCCAUUUGGAAGCGUGAGGCUGAGGCUGAGGCCGACGCCCAGCGCGGCAACUGGGGCAGCGGUCCCCCCAUUUGGAAGCGUGAGGCUGAGGCUGAGGCGCAGCGCGGCAACUGGGGCAGCGGACCCCCCAUUUGGAAGCGUGAGGCUGAGGCCGACGCCCAGCGCGGCAGCUGGGGCAGCGGACCCCCCAUUUGGAAGCGUGAUGCCGAGGCUGAGGCCGAUGCCGACGCCCAGCGCGGCAACUGGGGCAGCGGACCCCCCAUUUGGAAGCGUGAUGCCGAGGCCGAGGCCGACGCCGACGCCCAGCGUGGCAACUGGGGCAGCGGACCCCCCAUUUGGAAACGUGAGGCUGAGGCUGAGGCCGAUGCCCAGCGCGGCAACUGGGGCAGCGGACCCCCCAUUUGGAAGCGUGAGGCUGAGGCUGAGGCUGAGGCCGACGCCCAGCGCGGCAGCUGGGGCAGCGGACCCCCCAUUUGGUGA